GGUCCAUUUUGAUGGCUGGGAUAGUAUUUAUGAUUAUUGGACGGAUGUAGAUAGUCCUGAUAUCCAUCCGGCAGGCUGGUGUACAAAAACUGGACACCCUCUUCAGCCUCCACUGAGUCCCUUGGAGUUAGUGGAAGCUUUGGAGCAUGGAGGAUGUCCCACAGCAGGAUGUAAAGGAGUUGGGCAUGUUAAAAGAGCAAGACAUAUUGGCCAUCAUAGCGCAGUCAGCUGCCCAUACUCUGAGAUGAACUUGAACAAAGAAAGCCUCCUACCUGAUCGGCUCAGUGGGGAGUUGCCUGCAGCCAACCAUGUCCCCAGAAGCAGAAGAGUGGAAGCAAGGGAAAGAUCCCCCUCUCCUAUAAUCAAUGACAGAAAAUGCCCAAGCCCUGGACACAUAGGCACAAAAUCUGCAGCUCAUAAUCGAUCAUCUGGGAAAACUGUAUCAGAAACAGCUAAGCAGGAGGACAGAGAAAGUGCAUCUCCUUGCAAGAAGCCCCAGUUAUGUGAUGUGAAAGAAAAGAAGCCACCUGGAGGAGUGCAGACAAAGGACUCUGUAAAGAACAAAGAGUGUGAAGAAAAAGAGACAGGAAAUAAUCUGCUCAUUUCAAAUGAAAUUAAAGUUAUUGAAGAACCCAAUACCCAGAGGUUUCUGUCUCAACCAGUUGUUGUGUCAUCAAAGCUGCAAAUCCCUGGCCUCCCCUUGCGCUGGGAACAGCAAAGCAAGCUCCUGCCAAGUGUAGCUGGGAUCCCAGCCAGUAAAGUUUCUAAGUGGAGUACAGACGAGGUCUCUGAAUUUAUACGGAGUUUACCAGGAUGUGAAGAACAUGGCAAGGUAUUUAAAGAUGAGCAAAUUGAUGGAGAAGCAUUUCUGCUAAUGACCCAAUCAGACAUAGUCAAAAUAAUGAGCAUUAAACUGGGACCAGCCCUAAAAAUCUUUAAUUCCAUUCUGAUGUUCAAAGCUGCAGAGAAAAACUCACACAAUGAACUUUGAAGAUAAUGGAAAACGUGUACAAGCCAGCUUCCUCCACUGGAGCUCAUGUUUUAUUCAAAGCACAAAGACUCACCAGAAUUAUUGAGUAAGGACUCUCAGAAAGGAAGAAAAGUAUGUUCUGCACUGGUGGACUAUUCAUAUUCUCUUAGAGCCAGUAUACAUCUGAAUCCUUCUGGGAAGUGCUCACGCUUUUAAGAAGGUACUUUUUAACAGCCAAGUCAGCUAGUCUUAUUUACCAAACUAAUGGCGCUAAUUCUCCAUGGAGGGUUAGGAUCUCUAACGCUCUCUGGUCAUCAAGAAAAAAACCUUCAUUGAUUAUUUAUGCUGUAUUAUAUAAGGGAACAUUAAUAUUUUCUAAGAAUUCCUGAAUUCUGCUUCGUGUACCCAUUUUACUUUUCGGUAGCUAUUAUUUCUUACCAUCGAAAUAAAAAGUGAUUAGCCAAAAAUUAGGCUAUGGGUAGCCAAAUGAGACUGUUAUGGCUAAUGCAAAUUUGUGCCAUAGUUUAAAAAUGAAACAGUUAAUGUUACAUAUGUGACACUUUAUGCUACAGCAUAUAACUUUACAGAUUAUAAAACUGUCUGUUUGCUUGUAACAAAACAAACCUUGUUGGGGUUGAAAUUAUAAUGCUUUUUUGAUAACUGAAUGUUUUUACUUUUGCACGAUUACAAAAAUGUUAUGUGAGUUUUUCCACCAGCAUCUUUAAUGUAUUUUACCAAAAGAUCAGUAUAGAGAAGGCUGCAACUGAAAAAUAAAGUUUGACUUCAUAGAAGACAUUCAUUUAUGCUGCACAAUAGAGCCCCAGCCUUUUACAUGGGAGCCUGCUUACAGUCCUUCCACACAUGAAGGAAAAUACAUGUAUUUUGAGGUAAGACUAUUAGCAAAAAAAGAAAAUAUAUUUAUUCAUGUCUGCACAUGCUAGUCUCCAGUAUACUUACCAAAACAGUGGAGAAAAACAGUGUGCUAAAGCUAGGACUGCUACUCUGGCUUCAUAUGCAACAUAAGCUUGUAUUCCUAGUGGUGGAAGGAUUAUUUAACACACCACUUCCUAGUUGAAAAAUCUGAUUUAUAAAUGAAGCAUAGCCAGAAAGCCAAAGCAUGGAGGAAAAAGCUACUUAAACACAUAUCCUGCAUAGGCAUGAACUAGGUAAAAGGCAUGGGUUUCACCAGGUCAUUAGCAAGGCUGCAGAUUCCACUAGCAGGUACUUGGAGGCUUAUUAUGUCAGGGAAAUUUGUUGCACUUGGUAUAUAUACGUAAGAUGUAAACCGGAUGCACUUUACACUGGAGAAAGCCUAGCUACUAAUAUACCAGAAUUUUGCUUUUACAAGCAGAGAGAGAAGAGUUGGAUCAAGCUUUUGGCAGCCCUCUUCUUAGUACUGAGGUGGGCAGUUGCUUAGUCUGUAGUUAAGAACAGUGUUUCCACUGCACAGAACUUGGAGAAUUUUAAAUCUUCCCAGAGAUUUUGCUAGGCUGUUCUUUGGCUGAAGUUCCUUAAGAUUUCAAGAACCCUUUGUGCCCCUUCCAGAUCACACUGGUGACUGGUACCUGCCAUAAUAUGAGGUAAAACAGGGUCAGUAUGAAGUAAGUUGCAUUGCUCUAUUAAUUUCCUUCCAUAGCAUUGCAUAAAUAAUAUUUUUACAUUUUGUUCAAUAUUUGUACAGUCAAAUUGCACUCUUAUUGUACUACAAUACAAAUAAAACCUGAAUUGGA